AUGCCGCCGCCCCGCCGCCGUAAUUGUCCGGUGUUUAACCGAUCCAGCCUCGGUGUCAACCACUUCGCCAACAACAUCGACCACGCCGACAACUUGCAAGAAAGCAAGAAUAAGAAAACAUUCCUAACACAAAAACAUCUCAUCUACCAUCGUAUCAAAUUCGGCAAUCGUGCUAUGAGCGUUGCUUUGGACGUUCUGAUCUUCGCCGUAGGUUGGGCACACGUCGUCCUCGCCCCAUUCUUCAAAGUCGAAGAAAGCUUCAAUCUACACGCCACACAUGAUGUUCUAAUGUAUGGUGUUGGUCGUGAAAACUUAUAUAAUUACGACCAUUUCACAUUUCCUGGGGCAGUGCCACGAACAUUUGUUGGCAGUGUACUUCUUGCAUGGGUUUCCACACCGACUAUUAGGGUUGCGCAAUGGCUAGGCUUCGUUCCUUCAAAAUUUGAAAUACAGAUCAUAGUUCGCUUGUCACUCGCCAGUCUCAAUUCUUGGUCGCUUUGCUUGAUUCGAAGAGGCGUAUCACGACGAUAUGGAAGAGGCACAGGCUUAUUUUUUGCACUGUUAACGUGUACGCAGUUUCAUUAUCCAUUUUGGAUGGGUCGCACCAUACCCAACAUGUUCGCCACUAUCCCUGUCAAUGUAUCAACGUACCUCCUUGUUGACAGAGCUUCAAAUUCGGUAUAUACAUCCCUCAAGAGGAUCUCUGCAGCAGUUACCUUACUUACAUUCGUUGGGGUUGUGCUUCGCGCGGAAGUGGCACUGUUUUUGGGACCUUUUGCUCUCCAAUUAUUAAUUUCUCGACAAAUUCCCUUGCUACGAUUAUUGAAAGUGGGGUUCAUUUCUGCUCUCAUCUCACUACUUUUAACUCUCUUCGUGGAUUCCUAUUUCUGGAACAAAAGCCUUCUAUGGCCCGAGUUUUCUGGGAUUUACUUCAAUGUUAUUGAGGGCAAAAGCUCGGAAUGGGGUACAUCGCCUCCGUUGACUUACAUUACGUCCUACCUACCCAAGCUCCUCCUCGGUGCCCUCCCUUUGUCGAUUAUAGGUUUUGCUAUCGACCAUCGUAUAAGAUCCCUGCUUCUUCCAUCGAUGGCCUUCAUUGCUUUGAUUAGUAACCUUGGACACAAGGAAUGGCGAUUUAUUAUUUACGUUGUGCCUAUAUUCAACGUCGCAGCGGCUAGAGGUUCCAAAUGGAUGGUUUCUCUCAGAAAGAGUAGUCUUUUUGGUCGCCUCUUUUUCAUGGCCACCGCAGGCAUUCUCGCUCUCAACCUCGUUAUUGCUGUGCUUUUCACCAAAGCAUCUAUGCGCAACUACCCUGGUGGCCAGGCAUUAUAUACAUUUCACCAAUUAUACCCAGCGAAAACGACAUACCCUAUUCCACACGUCCACAUAUCCAACCUUGCGGCACAAACAGGUGCCUCCCUCUUCCUCCAACUCAAUGCGCCACCUUAUUACCAUCCUUCCCAAUCCCAACAACUCUCACAACCAUGGGUCUAUAAUAAGACGGAAAAUCUUUCGCCUAACACUUUAUCCAGUUCCUCAAGCCCUUUUACACACCUUAUCUCAGAGGUGCCGCCCUCGACCGACUCGCGCAUGGAUCGUACAUGGCGAAUAGUGAGCGAAAUCAAGAGUUUCGAUCGCUGGGCUAUCAACCGGGAGAUUUUCAGUUUUAGAGGGAAGAAAAAGGGCGAAUUGUUGACCCGCUUUAGGGAUGUGUUGAUACUGCAGGAGAGUCCUAAGCUUUGGCUUCUGGAGCGCAAACGUUAG